AUGAGGCCCACAGGUAGCAUUAAAUCCUCCUAUAAUGUGGGGGAGCGAGUGGAAUAUGAGUGUAGGCUAGGAUACAGUCACCGGCCGUCUACGUCCAAAUUUAUUACUUGUCAAGAGAAUCAACAAUGGUCACAGAUCUCAAAUGAUACUUGCUAUAAAAAAUCAUGUCCACGUCAAGCUGAACCCACAAACAGUCAAGUUAACCUCGUAAAUGGAAGCUAUGAAUACGGGAACCAGAUUGAAUUUGUUUGUAAUGAGGGCUAUUACUUAAUUGGUGAGCGUAUUCUGUAUUGCGAACUCAGUGAAUCAGGUGUGCAAUGGAGUGGCAGUCCUCCACGAUGUGAACGGAUUAUGUGUACACCACCUCCAGACAUACCAAAUGGAGCACACUCCGGAGUUGGCACUGAUGCAUUUGAAUAUCAAGCAGCGGUAACUUACACGUGCAAUCGGGCGUCUGGACCAGAUGAAUUUUCACUUAUUGGAGAGAGUCAGCUGUAUUGUGUUGGGCAUGGAAAAUGGAGUAGUGACCCUCCUCAGUGUAAAGUGGUCAAAUGCCCAUACCCGGCAGUCACAAAUGGAAGGCAAGUGUCAGGAUUUGGGACAAAAUUUUACUAUAAGGCAAAUGUUAUGUUUGAGUGCAAUCAGGGAUUUUACCUUCAUGGCAGUGCGUUAAUUACCUGUGCUGAGAAUAGUACUUGGCAACCCCCUGUUCCAUCAUGUCUUGAAAGACAACCGCCUUCUACUACAAAAGCUCCUUCAGUGUCAACGCCUUCAAAUCCAGAUCCUUCAGGGCCAACUGGUCCAUCUUUGAGUCCUACAGUGUCGAUUCCUCCAAAUGCAAGUCCUUCAGGGUCAGUUCCUUCCAGGGCUAAACCUCAAAUAUCUAGUGUCUUACAGUGUACCCGUCCCUUGGAAGGACCACUUGACCCCUGGGAUAUACUUGGAUGCAUCAUUGCUUUGAUUAUUACUUUGAUUGAAUUGUAA